UCUCUCUCUCUCUCUCUCUGUAUGUGUGUGUAUGGGUGUGUUUGGCAUUUAUUUCGGUUUCACUCUUUGGUCAGCUGUGUUUAUUUUUUUUUGGCCAACAUAAGUAUGUUAAUGGCCAAAUGCUUUAAACAUGCUCUAGUGCUUGACCCAAGCGAAAGUGUUUUUUUUUUUUUUUAACUCUUUCUCGUACUGUAUAAUUAAAUUAUAGUUUGAAUUAUUGAAAACUCAGGUCGUCAGGCUUUGCCUUGUCUAUUUGGUUAACUCGCGAAUAAUUGAUAAUUCCAGCUGACAACAUGGCAAUGCACUUAAAUGCGCUCAAAUGACCAAUUUGUGUAAAUUUGCAUAAAAUGCAAAUUAAAAUUCUAUUUUAGAUUCAGUUGAUGUUAAAAAUUCGCUGAAUGCGUUGCCUCUUGAUUGUAAGUUGAAUUGCCGAAAAUAUUUCUACAGUUGCAUAUUUGCCGUAUAUAAUUUGUCGAUAUUGUGUGUCACAUUCUUGAACAAUUUGUUAGAUAAUGUUUUCAUGUGAAAAUUAAAAUAUUUUAUAUGGCAUACUUCUUUUUGUUGCCUUUAUUGCCUGACAUUCUUAAGCGUUUCGCUCAAAUUGCCUUGCUCUCGCUUUGGAAUAUUUAAUAAUGUAAUUUUACAUUGCGAAACAUUCGCAAGCACUUGACUUGCAGAGUGGGAAUGCUCUUUGUUACUUUCUAUGCAUUUUUAAGCGUUUGAGAUAUUUUUUUAUGGCAACCUUUAAAAUAAUAGAGUGUGAAUGCAAUAUUUCUCGUUCUUUUACUCAACUCUCAACAUUUGCUGCCUUUUCUCCUUGAUAUGGGAUUUUCCAUUAUGUUUGAAUAAUGUAAAUAUAUUCUCUCCUCCGUCUUCAUUUUUUCUUCUCUUAUUCGUUGUGUGCCAUCCGUAACCUAAAUAGUUUUAUGUUUGAUUUUCCCUUGUCUUUAGUCGAAGCCUUCUCUACUUUUUUUCUGUUUGUCAGCUUUGCAGUGCUAUUUUCUAAGUAAUAUUGUCGGACUUUUGUUAUUUUUCUCUGAUCUUUUAUUUAAAACAACAAAAUUGUGUGUACAAAUGCAAUUGACAAAAAUUCCCCAAAGACAAAGCUAAGAACAAUCGGCUUCCGUUUGUUUACAUGCUGCAAUUUGCAGCACGUUCUUGUUGAAUUGUGCACGGCAUUUAUGGGGCUUGAGGUGUCCUAUGAAAUGUGCACAAAUUUUUAGUACAGCUUGCUCAAUUAAAGGGGGCAUGGCUGGGUGGCUGGGCGUCUCCAGCCGGGCUUGUAGACAUCAACAUAGCCGCAAAAGAGUAAACAAAUGCUAACUCAGCUGAGAGUUGGGUCGCACAACUGUGGUUUGUGUCCACAGCUCUUGUAGUCAUUGCAGUUGACAUUAUGCGCAUUAAAUGCGCUUGAAAUGUUGCACGAACUGGCAUUGCAACUGCCACGGAGACCGACACCAGCCAGCAGCAGCAACACUGCAACUGACACUUGCCGGACGCUGGCGUCAGGCAAAGCCGGAAGCCCUGUGGCCGGUGCUCCGGACUCGGACCCGGACCGGGUACGUCCUGGCAGCGAGUAACUGCCAAAGCGCUUCUGUGAAUUAUGUCGUUUGGGUUCAGCUCGAGUGAGUUUCUAAUGCAAAAUAACAACAAACUGUGCCCGAGCAUUUCCUAUACCCGAUCCUUCCCCCCCAACGCCCAAACAAGGCCCGGCAUUUGCCGCCGGAAGAGGCAAAACCGCUGUCAUCCACGUAACUGGCAGUUGGCUGGGGCGGGCUUAGCUGGGACUUAGUUUUAGACCUCGCUUGUUGGCCAUAAUUAGCGUCGCAUGUUGUGCUUUUAAUUAAAUAUUUAACAAAAUACAUGCGUGUUCCUCUCCAGCUAUAUAUUUUGGUUACAUUUUGUUUCCUCUUAUAUUCGCCAAGUAGCACUUUAAAUUCAUGCUUAUUUUAAUAACAAAACGCACGGUGCGUAUACACGAUAUCUGCUUCCGUUCCAUCGCGCAAUCCGCUGUUAAUUAGCAGCUUUAUGCGCCGCCUGCUGACAUUACAAAUUUAGCAUGCACCUUGACGAGCAUAGAAGGCGAAACGCCUACAAUUAGAACUGUGAAUUGGCGAGAAUGGAAAUUAGCUUGGGUUGGCUUGUGGUUGUGGAAGGAGACAGUGUUGAAAUAUAACGUGUAUUGGCAUUUAAAACUAGUUAUUAUACAUAAGUUAUUGCAUAGCAUAUGCAAAUACUAACUUGAGUUGCGUUAACAAUAACAUUAAAGAUAACGUAUACGCAAUAUCGUUAACCUAAAAGGGCAUGUGAAGCCACAAAUAUAUGACAUAUGAUAUGCCAUAUAUGAUAUGAUAUAUGAUACAGUGCAUGGACUUUGCCGCGUUCUAACUCUGAACUGUCCCUAAUGUAAUUGCCAAGUUUCAUCAAGACUAAAAGCCUAGUUUGAAAUGAAAUGCUUAUCACGCAUCUGUUUUAUAUACUGACUAGGAAUAUCUAUUUCAAUAGAUUUGCAUAUACAUUAUUUACCAGAACAUCCAUGACAGCUAGAAUUGUCUGUGGCUUAACAUUUUAUUUUUAUCUGAUAUCUUAUAUAUUCUCAUUGAUUUUUUAAACCUUAACUUAAAAUGAAUCAUAACUCUGUGCAUAGAGCCGCAUUUUUAUCUAGUUAUAUUUAGCUUUAAUUGAGGAAUAUCUUGUAUGGGCAAACAUUUCCUCGCAAUUUAAUAUUUCCAUUAAAAAAAUACCUUUUGCUGUCUGAAUUCACUUUGCCUACGGAUGUUUAUCGUUUUGCCUGCUUCGCCAUCGGCUAAUGCCCAUUAAAUGUCAGCUUCAGUCAGAGUAAAGUGCUGAAAAUGGUUUUCAAAAAGUACGCUUUUAAUGCAAUUAUAAUUGAUUGCACGAUAAGGCUUUAAAAUAGCUGUCAUAAGUCUGCCAGGAGUUCAGUUCUGGGAAGGAAGCAUAAGCGGAUUGUAAUGGACGCAAACGAACUGCUACUGUGUCUGGUCCUGGCCACACUUUGUCAAAGCUGGCCGGGAUCUGAAAUUGCAGCUGCAAUUGGAGGCAGACGACAAGAUUUUCUCUAUAAUUUUGUGGCCAGGCUGCACGAGGAGCGGCCAAUUCUGUUGCUGUUGCUGCUACAGCGUCGCCGGGACAAUGGCUUUGGCGAUUUGCAACACUGGCAAGCAGAUGAUUGGCCAGUGUUGCGUUACGAUGAACAUGAGAAGAUCAUUGUAAGAAAUACUACUCGAGAGGCUCUGGCACUCGUUUGCAUGCGGGAAUUAAGUGAUGCAGUCUUACUGACCGCACUGGCCGCCAACUUUGAGGGCAUGCGAGAGGGCCGCAUUGUAAUCUGGCUGCAGCUGGAGGCAGCACAGGUGCCACAGGCAUUUCUCGAUAUAAUCGCCCAGCAGGCAAUUGAUUAUCAUUUCUAUAAUAUACUAAUACUUCGAGGCACUACUGAAUUUGCUGUGUUACGCAUGCGACCAUUUCCGACGCCCAGCUACGAGCCGCUGCUGCUUAACAGCACUGAACGCAUCUUUUGCCAACACUGGCGCAAUUUUCAGGGCAAAACGGCGUACAUAAUAUCCUCACUGGUGCCGCCCAACAGCUUCAUAAGCCGCGAUCCCAAGACGGGCAAAGAGUACAUCAAUGGCUUCUGCUACAAUCUGCUGCACAGCUUUGCCAAACAUCGCAAUAUCAAACUGAUACCGUACAUAAGUACUUUGAAUAAAUCAUCGCCCAUUUUGUAUACGCCACAGAUCAUGACCCUGAUAAAUAUUGGAAAGGUGGAUAUCGUGGCCAAUUUGCAGCCGUUUGCGCAGAGCCUCAAAUACGCGGGCACACAAAACACCGCCAGCUUGGGCAUGGUCAGCAUGUUUAUGGUCGUGCCCUGCGGCAGGGAGUUGAGUAUUGAACGGAUCUAUAGGCGUCUGUUUCCGUUGAACUGGUUAACCUGGCUGCUGAGCAUCUACUUGAGCUUUGCCGUAUUCGAGACUCUGGCCACAAGCGUCAAUUCUUGCCUGCUGGAACGUCAUUUACAUUUUCGAUAUUCCAAGUUCUGCUUUAAUUUGACUGUGCUUCGUUUUUUUCUGAGCCAAGCGGCGCCGACUAGUCACUGGACCAGCUACUCGUUGCGGCAGCUGCUUGUGCAGCUGAGCUUCUUCGGCUUGCUAAUUGGCACCUGUUUCAAUGCCCAGUUGAGCACCUUGUUGACCAAACAUCCGCACGACGCGCCCAUUCAGAGCUAUGCGGAGCUGAAUGCCAGCCGUUUGCCAGUUGUCUUUUCUUGGAGCACACGUGUGCUCAUCGAGGCGGAAUACGAUGCCUCAUUCUUCAAGAGACAUGUGCCCAAUGCUGUCUUCAUGGUCUCCAAGGAUCAAGCUGAUUUGAUACUUUCCCUUAAUACGAGCUAUGCCUAUCAGACCUAUUCCUAUCUCUGGAAUGCCUUGGACUAUUAUCAAAAAACUUAUAAGCGACAGAUUCUGUGCAAGACGAAUGCCUUGCACAUUGCCAGAGAGUUUCCUGUGAAUACAGUCGUGCAAAGGAAUUCCAUAUAUGCUGAAGCCCUAGAUCACUUCAUUUUGGAUGUGCAAGGCUUCGGUAUCGAUAAAUGGCUGGAAACGCGGACCAAUCAGGAUAUGCUAAGGGUCAAGGCACCAUCGAUGGUUAAUACAACGACUAUUGGUCAGGUUUUAGCUCCUCUCCAUAGCGGCGACCUGAAUUUGUUAUGGCAUUUUCUACUUAUUGGACAUGUUAUUGCGGUUGUGGUCUUUAUUGCUGAAUUAAGUGCGGGCCAUUGGGAGAGGCAAUUGAGAAACAGGAAUAACAGAGGGGCAUGUGGCGCCAUCUGAUUAAUAUGUAUUUAUUUUUAUAUUUGUAUCUGCACUAAUAAUACUUUGAUUGAAUCUGAGCACGCAAAACGCUUGCAUUAAAUAAAUCCUUAGGAAAGUCCCAUUUCUAUUUGUAUUGGCUUAAAGAUCGGAUGAAUACGGUCUUUGGGGAGAAAGUGUGACUGCGUCAGCAUAAAAUGUAUCUGCAACGUUUACGAAUAAGUCACAAAAAGGAAUUGGAAAAACGAUUAAGGCAAUAGGAGAGAAAAAGAGACACGUGGAAAAAGAGACACACACAGCCGGAGAGAAAGAGCCAAAGGCAGAUACAGAUAAAUGAAAAAGAAAUUGAGAGUUACAACAGAGAGAGAGAGAGAGGCAGAACAUACCUAUGAAGUUAAGAGAGAGAGAGAAACUGAGAAACAGAAAAAGAGAGAUAAAGAAAUAAAAAGUGAGAGAGAGAUAGGAGGCAGCCAUAGAGAGACAGAGGAGACAGUGAAAAAAAAUGAGAGAAGACUGUCUUAAGAGACAUGAUGUGAAUGCGUCGGUAUAAAUCAUUUGUGCAACGUUUAGGAAUCAGCCACAAAAAAAAAUAAAAAAAUCUUAAAGAAAAAAAAGAAAAAGUAGAAAGGAGAGAAGCUUACACUGCGAGAGCGGGAGAAGAGAGAGCAAGGGAGAAAAGAAGAGAGAAACAAAGGGAGGUUAAGAAUAAAGUUAAAAAUUAAGAUACAAAACGGGAGAAAGACGCAAA